UCUGACGCCAUCGCCAAUUCGUCGCCGCUGUGACGCAGAAUUUGUGUGUAAGCCUUGUAAAAUUGGUGUAAUUUUGCGAUAUAAAAAGGUAUUGUUGCGGUAAAAGUGGACAAAAAGUGGCGCUAAACCGGUGUCCACACAGUUAAUGCCAAGAGCAGCCAGUAAACAAACGCUGCCGAUGCGCGAGAUGGCGGACUUGGAUGCGGUGCACCUGGGCCUGGACGAGAACGAGGCGGACAUUGCCGAGGAGCUGCAAGACUUUGAGUUCAAUACAAGGAGUGAGGCUUCCGAAUCGAAUGGUGGGGACUCAUCCGACUCGGAGCCCAGUAUCAGUUCGGUGAGCACUGCCACAUCCUCCCUGGUGGGCAGUGGUAAGCGGAAGACCAAGAAGCCGGCCAAGGAAAGCCCUCAACCCGCUGUCGAGACCAAAUCCUCAAAGUCUUCCGCAAAAAACAAAGCCAAACGGGAACCCACUCCCGAAGAGCUAAAUGGUGGCAAGAAAAAGAAACGCACAGGCAGCGAGUCGAAAAAAACAUCCUCAUCUGAGCCUUCCGAUAAGGUCAAGGCCAAAUCUCCGGAUACCGAGGACCGACAACCGCCCGUCAAGAAGUCGCGCACCAAGAAACCAUCCAAUGCUAACGAUUCUGCUGGCCACAAAAGUGAUCUCAGCGAGGCUGAGGACGAGAAACCAAGUCUUCCAACUCUGGAGUCCGACAGCGAGUCCUCUGACUCGGAUUCUGGCACGCAGCACAAGAGAAACGGAGGAAAUGGAGGCGGCAACGGCCGGGGUAAAGCCAGCUCCAAAAGCUCCACGCCGGAAAAGGAUUCUGUUGGCGGCGGUACGCAUUCACAUUCACAGAAGGGCUACGACUAUAUGACCAAGCUGAACUACCUAUUCCGAGACACACGGUUCUUCCUUAUCAAGUCCAACAAUAGCGACAACGUCCAGCUGUCUAAGAACAAGAGUGUAUGGGCCACGUUGCCGCAGAACGACGCCAAUCUUAACCAGGCAUUCAAGGAGGCCAGAAACGUCCUGCUCAUCUUCUCGGUCAACGAGAGUGGUAAAUUCGCAGGCUUUGCUCGGAUGGCGGCCCCCUCACGGCGGGACAUUCCUCAGGUGGCCUGGGUAUUGCCGCCUAGUAUUUCGCCCAAGGCACUCGGCGGCGUCAUCGAGCUUGACUGGAUCUGCCGCAAGGAAUUGUCUUUCAAUGCCACCCUACACCUGCACAACACCUGGAACGAGGGCAAGCCGGUGAAGAUAGGUCGCGAUGGCCAAGAGAUUGAGCCCAAGAUUGGCGGCGAGCUGUGUCGUCUCUUCCCCGAGGAUGAGCAAAUCGAACUCACCCCCAUACUCAAGAAAUCCAAGGAGACAGCUCGAGUUAUGCGAGAAAAAGGCAUCCACGUGAUCUACAAGCCGCCUAGGAGUCUAUCCUCGCGAGGCCAUGGAGGAGGCGGUCGUGGCGGAGGCAGAGGAGCGAGUCACGACCACCUCGGCCCGAUGCGGCAUAAGAGGAGCUACCACGGACCACCACACCAUCGCCCGUAUCGUCACCAUCAUGGCAUGGGCCUUCCGCCGGGCGGUGGCUUUAAGAGAAGCGGUUCUCCCUACCGCCAGAUGGGAGGUGCAGCAGGAGCACCACCCGGCGGACCGGGCGACAUGGCCAUACCAUCAUGGGAACGCUACAUGUCCUCGGCUGCAGCUGCUGAAGCAUACGUGGCGGAUUAUAUGCGCAACAUGCACGGCCAACUACCGCCGUUACCCUUCGUUCCUCCGUUCGCCCAGCUGCCGAUGCCAGGUGGUGGUGCGGGAGCAGCUGGAGCCCUGCCACCGGGAGCAGCGGCUGCCAUGUACGAGCAGCUGCCGCCACCGGUGCGGUACUACGAUGGACCGGGUGCACCGCCUCUGCCGGAUUAUCCGCCUCCCCAGCGACCACCGCCACCGGGCUUCGACAAGGCGCCAAGCUACGAGGAGUUUGCUGCCUGGAAGAACGCCGGCCUGCCCACAGUGCCACCACCGGGCUUCCCUGUCUACGGCGGAGCAGCCAAUGGUGGUAGCAAUGGAGCUGGCGGUGUAGCUGCUGCCCAGGCAGCGGCUGCAGGCGGAGGCAUGGGCGGCGGUGGAGGUGGAGGAUCCGGUGGCGGUAUGGGUGGACCCGGCGGCUAUCGGAAUCGUGACGGCAACAACGGCUCCGCGGGCGGUCGUCGACGGGAGUACGGAAAUCGCAGCGGUGGCGGCGGAUCUUCGCGGGAUUCGCGACCGUAUCGCGAGCGUGGCGGCGGCGGCGGCCAGCGAAGCUAUCGGGACAACAGGCGCUAGGCCGCAUCGAGGUUUUAAACGAGAUCGUGCUCCUGGCCUCGCUAGAAUCGGAAAGUGUAAUCCUAAUCCUCUCGCGUGUGAAAAUUUAAAGAGAAAUAUUGAAUGCGUUACGGUAUAAGCGAAAAGUUAAUAUGAUAAAAACGGCUAUCGUCUGAAGUCGAUACAACUCUCUUUCCCCUUUCUCUCUGUCCCGCUCACCAAACACCCCCACCACCCACACUAUGAUUAAAAUACAAACUUACGACUUAAGCAAAUUUCAAUACAGCAGAGAUCUUAAUGCUAAUUAAAUAUUUUAAACCACAAAAAAAAAAAAAAAUACAAAAUGAAAGAGAGAAAAUGUGAACUUUAUUUACCCCAAAACGAAAAGUAGCGAGAGAAAGCGAGAGAAAGAGACUUUAAAGAGACGCCCAACAACAACAACCACAACCAACAACAACACCAUGAACGAACUUAAGUUAACAUGAGAGCAGUGAUCAAUCAGUGAUGUGUGUAUCGUGUGUGCCAAACCCCACAAAGCCCCAUUCUCCAACCCCCCACCCCCAAAAGUUCCAAAAACGAGAGUUGGACAAAGCAAAAGCAAACCGAAAAUCAAAAGGGUCACUUUGCCCCCCCCAAAGACUUUCAAAGACCUGAGCGGAGCCUAGCUCCAAAUGGGGGCUAUAAGUUAUAAUCACUGCUACCUAACUUCAAGGACGAGGGUCGAUCCGAUCAAAGCUUCCUUAUACGUAGUAUAAAACUAAUGCAAUCAUAUUUAACAACCACAUGUCUUGCCGACAGAAGACCAUUUAUCCCCGAAACAGACACACAUCCGCCUACAUUUUGGCCCGGAGUGAUGCGCUCCGGGUCCCUUUUGGCCCAAUAGCAAUACGAAUACGAACCGUAGCAAUGCGAACUGUUUGGCCCACUAGCUGGGCACCAAUCCCCCCCAUCGAUUUCACUCAAUGACUGCCACAUUUUCACGCUUCACCAGAGCUCAGACCGUCGACAAACACUCAAAAUACAUUCCCGGACAGACCUAGGGGUUUGCUCUUUUUUCUUUGCAGGAUCUCGAUUCAACAAGGAUGGAAACUGGACAGCGUUUGGAGCCCCAUAUAUUGCAUGAAGAAUGUUAGAGAGAAAGACUGAUGACUAAUAAAAACUCAAGCUGAUUGCAAAAACCAUAA